GGAUAAUAUGGUUUUACUUUAACCUAUUGGCUAUUCCACUAAACUAAUAUUCUCAUUCCUCAUUACUAAUUUUUCACAGCUUUCCUUGUAAUUGUUCGUCAAUCGACAUUUUUUUUUACGUUUGACUGUUGAAACUACCAGAGGCGCUAUCCAAUUAAAAUGGCUUCAAUUGCAACCAAGUUCCGCCCACUCUUUGAUCGUGUUUUGGUCAAACGUUUGGAUGCUGUUAAGCAAAGCAAAGGAGGUAUAAUGUUACCAGAAAGUGCUUCGAAAAAAAUUCGUGAGGCAACUGUCAUUGCUGUAGGACCCGGUGCAAGAAAUCAGGACGGAAAACCAGUACCAAUUGAUGUUAAUGUUGGUGACCGAGUAUUGUUACCAGAGUAUGGAGGUACUGCAAUUCAAUUAGACGAUGACGAUUCAUACACAAUUUUCAAAGAAUCAGAAUUAUUAGCAAAAGUAGAGUAAUUAUAAAAAAAUAAUUUUGUUACCCAAUUAUAAUGCGACUGAUUAAUUUAGUGGGAGAUAGUAUUUCACAUUUGUUUAAAAUUUAAAAAAAUUCCAACAAUUUACUUCUGAUUGUGCUUAAGAUAGCUCUGUAUUCUUAAAUUCAAUUUAAUUUAUAAAUGCUGUUUUUUAUUAUUUAUAUUUAAAAUAAAAUAGUUUUGAAAAUUGAA